AUGCGGCAGUGCCUGGCUUCAUUCGUGGCAACACGUGCCAAAGUUGUGGCACACGAGUUGGAAUACCCAUUCAUUCACCAUUUUCCAUUGUGCUGCCAAAAAUUCCCCCGGAGUGAGGGAGAGGGAUAGGCCUUCUUCCCCGAUUCACAGCCGCGGUCUUUGUUUCGCUUUCCUUCUUUCUAUUGUUCUUCGAAUCCAAUUCCAUAUCAACGUCCUGGGCCUUUCAAAGUUCUAUCUCUUUCUUCCUCUCGUGCGACUUUUCGGUACUCCGAUGAUCUGUCCCGAUUUCUCCUGCAGAACAUGAUCGUUACGUUUUCCCGGCUAAGAUACAUCCGUAUCUCAAUUGCGUUCAAUCCUAGAAAUAAUUGCUGCUUCAUUUCUUAGUGAUUCUUCCACUUUCGAUGGAGCACCUUCCUGUUGAAGUGAUUGGUAAUAUACUAUCCCAUCUUGGGUCGGCUCGGGAUGUUGUGAUUGCCUCAGCGACUUGCAAGAAGUGGAGAGAAGCUUGGCGCAAUCACCUCCACACUCUUUCAUUCAAUUCUAGUGACUGGCCCAUCUAUCAUGAAUUAACUCCCGGUAGAUUGGAAAUACUCAUUACUCAAACAAUCUUCCAAACCAGAACAUUGAAAUGCCUAACUAUUUACAUGGAUGAUGGUUAUGAGUUUUCUGCUGCCCCCGUCAUUGCUUGGCUUAUGUAUACUAGGGACUCCUUGCGACAAUUACGUUAUAAUGUAAGGACAACCCCGAAUUUCAAUAUCAUUGAAAAAUGUGGCAGGCAAAAGCUGGAAACUUUGGCAUUAGCUCGUAACUCCAUUACAGGUGUUGAGCCCACUUAUCAGAAAUUUCCGUGCCUGAAAUCACUCUCACUGAGUUCUGUUAGCAUCUCAGCACUGGAUCUGAGCCUUCUACUUAGUGCUUGUCCAAGACUUGAAACCUUGUCUAUUAUUAGUCCAGAUAUUGCCAUGUCAGAUGCUCAGACUUCCAUGGAGCUUAGCAGCUCGUCUUUGAAGCAUUUUUAUGUUGAGUCAUUCCGUUUGGACAAAUUUAUAUUGGAGGCAGAUUUGCUUGAGAAUUUGCAUUUGAAGGUUUGUACCUUCGAUGUUUUUGAAUUGGUCAGCAAAGGAGCCUUGAAAGUACUGAAGAUUGAUGAUGUGAGUGUUAUCCAUCUCGAUAUUGGUGAGAGUACAGAGAAUCUCGAGAUUGUAGAUGUCAGUAGCUUCACAAUCAUGUGGCCAAAAUUUUAUCAUAUGAUCUCAAAAGCAUCAAAGCUACACAGGCUUCGGCUGUGGGGUGUCGUAUUUGAAGGUGAGGAUGAAGUUGUGGAUAUAGAGCCGAUUUCUGUUUGUUUUCCUCAGCUGACACACUUAUCCUUGAGUGACGAUUUAAGAGAUGGAGUGCUUCAUUUGUCUCUUUUAGUGAAUGUGGUUGUGCUAGAGCUUGGAUGGACAGCGAUUAAUGACCUCUUCUCAGCUUGGGUAGCUGGGCUUUUGGACAGAUGUCCCAGUCUGAAAAAACUGAUAAUUUAUGGGGUUGUUUCAGAGGUCAAAACCCAUGAAGAGUGUCAAAUUUUUGCCAAAUUUACUGAAUCAAUUCUGCAACUCGGGCGAAAAUAUAUGCAUGUAAAGUUUGAGUUUGAAUAUGAAUAGUGAGUACUGCAGUAUCAUGCAUCUCUGUCAAAUUUUCGAUUUAUCAUAAUUCUGACAGAAGGUAUUUCCAUAUCCCAUGAGUUUCCGUGCUUCUUGGUGUUUCAUUAAGUGCCAAACUGAAGAGUUCCAUGGAAUGUGAAGUUGCAGUUUGUGUAAAUGACUAAAUGAGAUAAUUCUAAAUUUUCGAUAUAUGUUUCGGUCCGUGGCUCUCAAGGCUGGACCAUAAGAUCACUUUGCUUAUUUCCUUCAUCUGCUUAUGUUUCCGUUUUUUUCUUUUUCUUUCCUGUUGGGAGGCGGUGUUGUAGAAUAAAAGGUUCUUCUGUUCUACUGCUUCACCAUCCUUCUUAUCUCAAAUUUGAUUAGUGGUAGCAUUUUUGUGCUUUGUUUCCUGCAUUGUACUUAUUUUGGCUGUCUGGAUUCCUUCUGGAAAAUGCAAAAGAGGAUUGCUGGCAUGUUAAUGCACGAUCUUCGCUUGCUUGACACUGAACUUCCGUUUCAAUAGUUUUUGAAGGCUC